CAGAUUUAAACAUCAUUCAAGUUGUUUCAGUCAUUCAGCUAUUCCCUGUGGUUAUUGUAGAAGUUGUUGGAUUUUGGAAUUCAUCUUAUAAUGACAUGAGGGUUCAUAAUUAAUUAUUUGCAAUGUUACAGCCUGUAUUUCUAAUUUCAGUAGCUAUUGAUCUCAAAUUUGCAAUUAAUUAAAACUUCCUCCCUAUGAGUAGUAUAUCGUGAUUUAUGAAUGCACUGUUCAAUUAAUUUAGUUCAAGCUAAUAUCACUGCUUCAGAUGGAGUGUUAAUGCAACGAAUUAGUCCUAUAAUAUGUUUAUUCAUAUCUUGAUAUUUGAACCUUGUAUAAUUGUUGCUAAUUGUUGUUACUUAAUUACUAGUUUUCAAACUCACUCUUGGUUUGUCCAUGGUAAGAAUUUGGUAAAUACCUAUCAUGUUCGGUCAUUUGGUCGUAAACAGCGUGUUGGAUAUAUCUAUCUGUUGCGCCUAAUUUUAUAUGGGUUAUGGAAAUCUUAGAAUUAUCCGGACCACAAAAGAUGAGCCUUGGCUUAAUCUCUUGAAAUAAUAUGACUGCUACGUCCUCUUUUAUUAAUGAAACUUCUUAAAAUGCUAGCUUUCAUUUAGGUUCAAGUAAUGGAGUCCGUUGGGAAUCUCAAACACCUUACUAAGCCUUGAACAUUUCUGCACUUUCAUCCAAAUUGGUGAAUCGGAAUGACGUCCAAGCCCAACAAGUAAAACACCCGUAUUCCCUGGGGACAAUCAUCAGCAAAUCGGUUCGCCGCUAUAGAUGGAGCGGGAAGUGAUAGAAGCAGAGCUAGUACUGCCAACUCACAUGACAUUCAAGAAGAUUCAGAUGUACGACAAGUACCCUAAAGGACAGGCUAGAGGCCGUCAUUGGAAGCAUCUCAAGCAGAUCAUUCAAGCUGAAAAUUACGAAAAUUAUCCUCCUGACUUACCUACUUAUGUUAACAUUGAAUCACCACCUUCUAUGCAUCCAUGCAAAAAGAUAUGCGACGUAACAGGAUUCGAGGCACCAUAUUUUGACCCACGAACUAAACUCCGUUAUGCUAACACCGAGGUUUUCAAGAUAAUAAGAUCGCUUCCUAAUGACUAUGUUCAGAGGUAUUUGGCUCUCAGAAAUGCAGUUGUUAUUUUGAAAUAGGUGCAGUACGAGAAAUAGAUAGUUGUUAACUUAGGUGGAAAGUAGAGUACGUUUGAAGUUCUAGUUUCUGAAUGCUCAGUGCAUAAGUGUAUUUUUAGAUUUGUACUAAAAGAAGAAAUCAAAAGGCCUAGUUUUGUUAGAUCUCUUAAAUUUGUUUGCGAUUGUGGCGUUUUAUUUGUGUUGAAAUCAAUCUUGUUUCUUAGAGGAUUAUAUGGAGUAUUACUAGAAGGUCCAUCUAUUUCUUUU